AUGGCCCUAAAUAGAACGCGUCGUUUGCAGCCACAGGACCAACGUGAGCCAACCUCUCAGUUUCGUUUCAGAAGAAAAUCAACUCAAAUUGCCCUUUCCCUUCUAAUUUCAUAUUUUGAUAUAUCGGCGGCAAGCUCACAUUGUUUCGAGAAGGAUCUUGUAAUGGUCUUGGCAUAUUAUCGAAGCAUCUCGGUCAGAGGAGUAUGGCAACAGGUUUUGGAGGAAUAUGAAGAUAGAACUUCUUGCCCCUAUCAUUCCAAACCCCAUCAUCCUUUCCAUAAAACCGAUAAUUGUCACAUACCCUUGGAUGAGAUGAUGCAUUACUUUGAAUGGUAUGCUCAGGACACUCUUAAAUGUUCUUUGGAGAGUUCUUUUGUAAGUAUAGAUCCUGCUAGGGUUGUCUCUAUCUGGAAUGGCUUUAGAAAGUGGAUGAAAGAUUACUCCAACAUCAUUCAAGCUUUCUAUCAUUUGGAAGCUACGAAGAAGCACAAGGCAUGGCUUACUUCUCAAGCACCUACUCCUCUUCACUUCUGCUUGCCUACUCCAGAAUUAGAGAUUCCAAAAGAAUUUGUUGCUUCUUCUAUGGAUGCUCAACCUUCAGAUGUUGCUACUUCUGAGUUGCUUGUUUCUGGGAAGUCUGUUGUUGAAGACGGUUCGUCUUCUGGGUUGUUGAAAAAUAUUGUUGAAGAGAAUCCUUCCAAGAUUACGGAAACUUUGGAUGAGUUGAAGAAGACCAAUGAGUUAAUCCAAACUCAUUUGGACAAGCCAGAUGAAAGAGUUGAUUUUCAUGAUAGUUUUAUCACUUUGCAUGCCAAUAUGAUGAAGGAUUUUAUGGCUAGGAUUAUGCUUGCUCCUCCACCAAACCCUUAG